GGCAAGCCAUUCAGUGACUCUUUUGAUAUAGACUUAAAAUUGACAAUAAAGUGUUAUCGAUAUUAUGCUGGAUGGGCAGAUAAGAUCCAUGGCAAGACAAUUCCAAUUGGUGAGUUGGGUCAUAAACACUGUUUUUUUUUUUUAUGGAAAGAAUGGAUGCCUGUGAAAGAAUAAUACUUCAGUGGCUUAUUAUAGUAUCUGUAUUAUAUUAUAGUAUCUGUAUUAUAGUAUAGUAUUUCCAGCUGUUGGGUAUAUGUAAUUAGUAGGAGGGGAAUUGCCCAGGAAAGAAGUUCUUUUGGUUCCAUUUUCCUUUUGUUUUUUACCCAUGUAUGAAAGAGGCGGGGCUGACGCUCAUGGAAGCCAGGGGAAAUCCCUGCCCCCGGGCCGUUAGUGACAGCCCUGAAUGUACAUAAUUAUACAAUGUAAGAUCAAAAUUAUAUUCAGUUAAAAUGUUACAGUUGAACCUCUCUACAACGGCCACCUUGGAGACAGAAGAAAGUGGCCGUUGUAAAGAGGGGGCAGUUGUAGAGAGGUUUUAAACAAGAGUCGUAAAGAGGUGGCCAUUAGCGGAGGUUUGACUGUAUUUCACCCAGGUUAAUUAACAAUUAUUCCUCGAGCCUGAACGGGCUCUGACUCAAUAGCCCAUGAGGCGGAAGGCCGAAUGGGCUAUUGACUCAGAGGUUAUGAGCGCGAGAGGAAUAAUUGUUUUAGUAAAAUCCUACUAGUUGGUCAGAAAUAUUGAGUUAAAACCACUGUAGCUAGCAAAACGCAAUUCAGCCGCCAUUGUUUUGGUUUUCAAAGCUGGCACUUUUCGCUGCUAGUGGGCUAUAACAUAUAGCCUGGUAGCAGCUCAACCAAUCAGAAUGCAGCACUGAUAAUAGCCCACUAGUUGGAUUUUACUAAUAAUUGUUAGUUUCCUUUGGCUGAUCUACAGUUGACUCUUUCUUAACGGACACCGCUAGAGUUGAUCCCUGGCUUUCUUUAUUCCCUUUAUUUGACUAUCUAUUAGCCGGACAUCUCCCUAAGACAAGACAUACUUCAUAGUACUAGUUCCCAAGGUGUUGGUCGUAGAAACAGUUAACUGUAGUCCGUUAUUACUCUAGAAUUACAUGUAGGCAAGGAGAAUGCAAGGAGAUUAAAAGAAUCAACCUUCAACUUAAGUUUAAAAAAAUCAAACUGAAAUUUAAUUUUGCCUUCAGAAAUUUCUGGAACAUCUUUGGCAACCUUUAAACAUCCUGACAUAUAGUGUGCUGGAUGAUUGGGUCUCCUACGAAAAAUCGUUACCUUUAAUUAUGAAAAAUCCUUACCUUAUCCUGUUACCUUUCACCACUAAAAAAGUCGAUUGGCAGGUGUUAUAACCUAGAAAAUGUACAUGUUUUAUUAGUCUGAAAAAAAGACAAAAUUGAACCACAAGCAUAAUUUUGUCGAAUCCCUUAUACAAAAUCCUGGUUUUUGGUAUAUACAUGUACGGUAAAGGCAACAGUCUGCUGCUUGGUUCUGUCUGUAGGGAUCCAACUAUAAUGCUAUCUGAAUUUGUUUAGAUGGUGACUUCUUGUGUUAUACACGUCAUGAACCAGUUGGCAUUGUUGGUCAGGUGAUUCCUUGGAACUUCCCAUUGUUAAUGCAGGCAUGGAAACUUGGCCCUGCUCUUGCUACUGGGAAUGUAGUGGUAAUGAAACCCGCUGAGCAGACACCCCUCACUGCAUUGUAUGUUGCAUCACUUAUUGCAGAGGUACAUGUAUAGCUAGUGAAUUUGUUUUUUUCCAUAAUUAGUAUAUUACAGUAGCUGUUACCUCUUUUUAAGAAAAGAUGGCAUUAUUUGUCUCUGGUUAGUGAGUUUGUCAGUAUAGCGGUGUCUUGAUAAAUACAUUUAAAUUUCUGAGAAUCGUUUUUAUCAAUACGUAGCACUCCUCUGUCAAAAAAGUUUCUCUGCAUGAUAGUAUGAGAGUAUGGACACGAAUUACAGCAAAGAUUCCAAAUGAUGAAAACACAAAAAAGAUGGGCGGUUCCCUUGAAAAUUUUGGAGCAUGUUGACAUCUGCAUUUCUCUUAUCUCCAUUUGUUAGUUAGGUGGCCAUGAUUGUAUUUACUCUUAAGACACAACUAAGUUAAUUCCCACAUCGUUAGCUGACUGUUUUGUGUACUAAUGAAAUGUCCAAAUGUUGUCUCGUGAAGGAAAGGGAAAAGAAUAAUUAUUUGACCUUGCGAUAUACAUGUACAUGUAAAUCAAGAAAACAUUUUUUGAUUUUGGCCCCGGCUUUUCUAUCCUUUAUUAUGUCUGCUUUUCUUAUUAGUUCAAGAUCAAGAAGGCUGCAUGUUAGAGUGGUUUUCGUUUGAGUGUCGUAAAACCAAAACCAAAGUAAUUACUCUGGCCAAUCACAUAGGACACAGACAAUACAUUGAACCAAUCAAAACUCGAAGUAAUUACAUGUGGCUGACGCAAAGCGCGGGAAAAUGCAUGCGAGCGCGUCACAAUUGGCUUUGGUUUUACUUCUGAUUGGAUGAAAAGGUGGCGCGAAUCUUUUAAGCCAAUCGCAUCGUGUAGAAAGUGCAAAACCAAUUACUUUUCGACACUCAAAUGAAAACCGCUCUAUUAUGUUAUGCAAUUUUAUUUUUGUGUCUGUGUGUAUUUUCCAGGCUGGUUUUCCACCAGGUGUUGUAAACUUGGUACCUGGUUAUGGACCAACAGCAGGAAUGGCAAUUGCAGAACACAUGGAAGUUGACAAAAUUGCUUUCACUGGUUCAACUGAGGUAGACCAUGCAUAUAAGACUGUGUAAAUUCUUACAUGUACACACGUCAAUGAAACUUCGUGUCUUCUUUCUUAUUCUGGCAAGUUUUUGAAAAAUAAAAGUCAAAAUUUCUGCUGUUACAGUGACGUGGAGGUGCAAGGCUGUGCUUUAAGAAAACUGAUCGGAGCCCAGUGCUCUGAACCUGUCAAAUCCAGGAUGCCAAGCAAAUUAUUGUUUUUACAUUUAUUAAGAAAACUAAGAUGCCUAGUCGCCAAGGAGCAAAAGUAAUAAACGAGUUUUCAGCGAGUUAAAGCAGAACCGUACAGAGUUUGUUAUUAUUCCUCCUGUGAUAAAGCAACCUACAGCAGUAAAAAAAAAAAAACCUUCUCUCACCCUUGUCAUGCGUUACAUGGGGUGCAGCAUACACUCAACUUUUUUGACAAAAAAAUCAGUAAGUAGAUUGUUAAGUGCGUUAAUUUUUCCCGUUCUUUUGAGCCUUUUUUACUUAAAGAACUCUGAUCAUUACCAGCAUGCCCCUACUGGGACAAUGAGGAGAUAGCCUGGCUGAGUGGUUAGCGCUAUGGACUCACAAUCUGGCGGUCCAGGGUUCGAGUUCCGCUCUGCAUGGCUAUUUGCUGGAUUUGUUCUCGGUCGUCCCGAGUUCAAAUUCUCGGCAACGUUUUUGUAAAAAUAGCCAACUGGUUGCCUUUUGCCGGUUGGGGAUUUUUAUGUUCUGUUUGGAUUAUUUUUUCUAAUAAUUUUAGCCUGUAGCAGGCGUUCUGAUAGUAGAGCGCGGGGUUACGAUAGGAGAAGCGAGCGAGUUAAAUCGUACGCCGGGAAAACGUGGGGAAAAACGAGGGGAGACUGGGGAAAGUGCUUUUUUUUUCCUCGUCAAUUUUUCGCCUGCGCUCUAGUAUCCGAACCCCUGGAACAGACUAAAAUUACUUGAGUAGAAGUGCCUGUAAACUAGCUGCACUUUCCACCAUAAACAAACCUUUUUAAAAAAACCUUUUUCGACACUUGUGUGACCUUUCACAGAUUGGCCACUUGAUCCAACAAGCAUCCGGCAGAUCCAACCUUAAGAACACAACACUUGAGCUGGGUGGAAAGAGUCCUAACAUAGUGUUUGCUGAUGCCAAUAUGGACUAUGCAGUGGACAAGAGCCACUUCGCCCUCUUCUUCAAUCAGGGUCAGUGUUGCUGUGCAGGGAGCCGCACAUAUGUGGAGGAGUCAGUUUAUGAUGAGUUCGUGGAGAGGAGUAAGGAAAGAGCCCAAAAACGAGUGGUGGGUAAUCCGUUUGACCUCAAGACAGAGCAAGGACCACAGGUACGGUGUGAAUCAUAUACAAUUAUACUAGACAAUUACAGGGGCUGUCUGUAAACUCCAGUUGUCCAGUUAGACAGGUAUCCCCGGCUUAACCCUUUGAACCCUAAGUUCAAAAUUUGAAUUCUCAUUUGUUGUCCCUAUUCAUUUCCUACAGAAGUAGUGGAGAGAAGUUGAUUAAAUAUCAAGCAAGUUCAUCUUGUGUGAUCAUGUGUGUAAUUCUCACGACCACUCUGUUUUACAAAACAUUGAUAUUACAAGGAGAAAUAGGCCAUUUGCACGAUGACAUCAUUCUACUACUACGACCAGAAUCCUUCAGGGUUUUGCUUUCUUGUGCUAUUAGGGCUUCUGUUAUUCUAGCCUGCGAGCAAGCUCUCCUAUUUGGGCGAGCGAAGCGAGCCGCGCGUGAACGCGCGAGCGAGCGGCGAAGCCGCGAGGGGCCGGCUUUCUCUUCCCCGCCCCCCGCAGUCGCGUCUCCUCUCGCGUGCCUCUCGCGCGUGUACCUUUCACGAUAUCCCCCAAAUGGAGAGCUUGCUCGCAGGCUAUUGUUAAUCAAACCUCACUGGGAUUAAAAAAUUUAAAUAUAAAAGGAAAAACGAAAAGGAUUCUGGUCGUAGUAGCAAAUGACGCCAUUGUGCAAAUGGCCUAUUUGAUGCUGAUCACUCUUAAGGCUUAGAGUCUAGGGAGUUGACUGUAUCGAACUUAUCACGGUUUUUGAGAGGAUUUUUUUCAGUGUUGGCAAGCACGCGAGAGUCACACUGUUUUUGUUAGAAUUACAGCAAAAUAUUACCACUAGACUACGUCAACUACUACAUGUAUUUGACGAAAGUCUGCUUAACAUUGCUCUAAUUUAAAUUAAACUGCCUAGUAACAGGGAAAUGUUUUAAAGACUGAAAAUUUACAAAGAUCAAGCGACCAUGUUUUUAGGUUGGAAUAUUUUGAAUGAAUAAUAAAAUAAGUAUGAGAUACGGCUUUCGUAUGAUAUCAUAUAAUUCAGAUAUCGGAGGGUUGAUUAUCGGCCGAGGCGGGUAGCACCCCGUCACAGCUGUACGUCGGGAUAAUUUUUCAAUUCUUACUCAGCCNUUGAAUUCUCAUUUGUUGUCCCUAUUCAUUUCCUACAGAAGUAGUGGGGAGAAGUUGAUUAAAUAUCAAGCAAGUUCAUCUUAUGUGAUCAUGUGUGUAAUUCUUACGACCACUUUGUUUUACAAAGCAUUGAUAUUACAAGGAGAAAUUUGAUCACUCUUAAGAGUCAAGGGAGUUGACUGUAUCGAACUUAUCACGGUGUUUGAGAGGAUUGUUUUUGGUGUUUGGGAAGCACGCGAGAGUCACACUGUUUUUGUUAGAAUGACAGCAAAAUAUUACCACUAGACUACGUCAACUACUACAUGUACUUCACGAAAGUCUGCUUAACUUUCCUUUAUUUUAAAUUAAACUGCCUAGUAACAGGUAAAUGUUUUAAAGACUGAAAAUUUCCAAAGAUCAAGCGACCAUGUUUUUAGGUUGGAAUAUUUUGAAUGAAUAAUGAAAAUAAGUAUGAGAUACGGCUUUCGUAUGAUAUCAUAUAAUUCAGAUAUCGGAGGGUUGAUUAUCGGCCGAGGCGGGUAGCACCCCGUCACAGCUGUACGUCGGGAUAAUUUUUCAAUUCUUACUCAGCCUCAUCCAGUAAUUGCUAAAAUGCUAAAUUAAGAAAUUAAGAAACGCACUCGUUAGCUCCAAAAGAGGCAGCUCUACUCUAUUUGUUAACUAGCACUAAAUAGUGUUUCCUUGAAAACCAGGCUGACUGGCUGUUUUACUUGUAUUUUGAAGGUGGACGAAGAGCAGUUUACAAAGAUUUUGUCGCUUAUAGAGAGUGGCAACCAGGAAGGAGCAACACUUGUGUCUGGAGGAGCAAGACAUGGCGACAAAGGAUUCUUUGUUCAGCCCACUGUGUUCUCCGAUGUUAAGGAUGACAUGAGAAUCGCCAAAGAGGAGGUUCGUCUUAAGCAAUUUUGUUACCUUUUUUUUUUCUUCUUCAUCUUUAACAUAGACAGGAGACUCAAAGACUACCUCGAAUUGUUUUUCCCUCCAGUCCCGUGCUGACAACGCCGAUCAUGGUCGUGAAUAGAGGUUGUGAAUAGCCUUAGUGGUAAAAAUAUUGCCGCUAAUAAAGUAUAUCUAUCUAUAUACCGUAAAAUUCCGAAAAUUAGUCCCUCCCUGUAUAAGCCCCUCCAAAUAUAAGCCCCCCAAACUCGUAACACAAGGAACCUUUCGUGAAAUCGCCCCUCCGAAUAUAAGCCCCCUGGGGGCUUGUACUUGGAAAUUACCCUCAAAUACAAAGUAAAACAAAGCAAAAACGGUAAAUUUCCUUCCAACUAUAAGCUAGCUCAAUCGAUUUUAAAACGCGAACUUCCCUCCGUACAUAAGCCCCAUCCAAAUAUAAGCCCCUUAAAAAGGGCCUUGGAAAAUAUAAGCCCCGGGGCUUAUUUUCGGAAUUUUACGGUAUUUGUUUAUUUGUGUGCAUGUAUUUCGCAGACUGUCUGUGUACUGUACUCUGGUUGAAAUGGUUUGACAGUGACAGAGUUUGCUAAGCAGGAAGCAAUCGUUGUCAAGCAGUGAUUCAAACUUGUUUUGACUGCCAUGUUAUUUUCGUUGUGUUAGAUCUUCGGGCCCGUGAUGCAAAUUAUGAAGUUUAAGGAUAUGAACGAACUGAUUGAAAGAGCCAAUAACAACAUUUACGGUUUGGCAGCGUCCGUAUUCACCAGUGACAUUGACAAGAUGAACACCAUUGCCUCUAGUAUUCGUGCUGGUGUUGUGUGGUAAGUCCAUGUUACCUCUAGGGUUGUGAGAUUGACGCAAAGCUACAAAAAAACAGUCGUUCACCGGAUACCGUGGGUACCAGUUUUUUUUUCUCGCGUUCGGUCGGCGAUUGAGUGAGGCGGAGAUGUUUCGGGGCGGCUGCAGGGCGAAGGUUAAAGUCACAGGAGGCUUCCCUGCAAGUCACUUUAAAGACUUGACCGAAACCCGAAAACCACGCAUAAAAACAGUCUCUGGCACCCAGGGUAUUCGUUGGGUAAUGUCCAACUAAAUUUUAUUUGUGUCCGACAAAAUCUGACCUGCAUUUUAACAUGAUGUUUGGGUAGGUCAUACAUUCGAUAACUUAAGAUUUACACAAUGAUUGUAGUAAAGAAAUUAAACUGAAGCCCAGGGUUCGGACAGUCUUGAAAGUCCUUGAAUUUUUGUGGAAGUCCUUGAAAAGUCCUUGAAUUCCAUGUUCCCUUGAAAAGUCCUUAAAUUUCUGUGCAAGUCCUGGAAUAGUCGUUUAAUUUUCUUCAACUUUGAAUGUAUUUAGUAGUCUGAAAAGUGUUUUUAAUGCUUUUUGGUUGUCCAAGACAGAAUAUAAAUCAUAGCUCGGAGAACUUAAAGGUGAUUUACAGAAAGCGUUUUUUGUUUUAUGCGAUAAUCAACAAUCAAUUUAAGACAAGUGAACUGAAUAUGUAGAUAAGUUGGUGGAACAAACAGCUCAAGCUGAUCAUGUCUAAGGGUUCUUUACUUUGUAUACUUGGAAAACUACAUCAGUGGAAUGUCACCCAUACUAAGCUGUAACAGUUUACCGAAUAUGAAUACCUUCACAUGACGACAUCACCAAUACCACCAGCUCGAUACUACGAUCACGUUGUUUUUUUCCUACCUUUUUGGAAAGACAGUCUAGUCCCUUUGCUGUAUUGAUAACCUCGUCAUUACGAACACCCCAUUAUUACCGUAAGCACAACGCUUUGCUCCCUUUAGGUAAAUUGGCGUCAUGGCAGAAACUGCACAGAGGCAGGUUAAUCUCUCUUCUCUGUGCUCAGUGUCUGUAAAAAUUGAUUUUACAAACCCCAUUUUUGUGGUAACUCUCGAGUAACGGUCGCGUUCAUGAGGAACGCUUCCUUUUUGCAGGGUGAACUGCUACGACGUCUUGGAUGUACAGGCGCCAUUUGGUGGUUACAAAAUGUCAGGAGUAGGAAGGGAAUUGUGAGUUUAUUGAUAGCGUCUGUCGUUACAUGUAAAUAAGUUAACGCGUUUAAAUAAGGCAGUCGGCGUAUGCCGCUCAUGAACUUCAAUUGUACACAAAAGACUGGUUGUAUUUAGCCUGUUCCAGACGUUCGGAUAUUGGAGUGCGGCGCUAAGGAACUUUGUUUUUUUUUUCUGCUCACAUCUCUUUGCGCUGUCCCCGCGACCUGAACCGCUGGAAUAGGCAAGGUUUUAUUAUUUACAAGUGUUGGCGACCUUAAUUUGCGCUGUUGCAACAACGUUUCUAGGAUUGGUAGUUCUUCAUAAUAUCUUGUCCGACCUGUAGACACAAAGCCCACCCCACUUUACAGGCAUAGUAGUCAGCUAACGUACCUUGUUCAAAGGCUGCCCUCUCCAUUACCAAUAGAGUGAUUUUACUAAACCCGUGGAACUCAUAGAUUGCUAAUCAUUGUUUCUCAGUGUCUUUUUUUUUCUUUUGUUGAUUUAAUCUCACAUUACUACGCAUCAUCAGGCGAUAGUUAAAGUGCCAAAUCAUUUUAGUGAGAUACCGAAGGCUUAUCGCAGCCGCUUUGCAUACUCAGCAAUAGACCUUUUUACCGAUACGGCAGCCAUAUUGAAUUAAUUCGAUUUAAGGAGUAUUAUAGGAUGUCUAGGGCAUGAGCACAUUUCGUUUGUAUUUUCGGGCGCUUUCCGGGACAUUUUUUCUUAAAGUUUUCUUAGAAUAAGAUUGUAAUGGGAAAAAAGAUCCCAGUGCCGUGUUUGGAUGUAAUAAUGACCGCCUUUUUCUAGUUUAGUAUUAGAAAUAUGGUCUUUCACUGUAUAUUUCUCGGGAAAAAGGCGAUCAUUAUUAUAUCCAAACACGGCACAAGGAUCUUUUUUCCCAUUACAAUCUUAUUCUAAGAAAACUUUACGAAAAAUGUCCCGAAAAGCGCUCUAAAAUACAAAAGAAAUGUGCUCAUGCCCCCUGGGCAUCCUAUAAUAAUAGUUAAAUCGAAUUAAUUCAAUAUGGCCGCCGUAUCGGUAAAAAGGUCUAUUGUCCCAGCUAACUGGAACAUUCUUUUCUUUAGGAGUGAAUAUGGGCUGCAGCAGUAUUCUGAGGUUAAAACGGUAAGUAACACAAUUCGUUGUAAGCUAGAUAAUUAA